GCCUCAGUCGCUGGAGCUGUGGUGUCUCGGCUGCUCAUGGGCACCAUCUGCGACCUCGUGGGGCCUCGCUACGGCUGCGCCAUUCUCAUGAUGAUCACGGCGCCUGCCAUCUUCUGCAUGCCUCUGGUGUCCACUCCGGUGGGAUUCAUCCUGGUGCGAUUCUUCAUCGGUUUCUGCCUGGCGACGUUCGUGUCGUGUCAGUUCUGGAUGAGCUCCAUGUUCAACAGCAAAAUCGUGGGAAUCGCUAACGGCACGGCAGCCGGAUGGGGGAACAUGGGAGGAGGCAUCGUUCAGCUGGUGAUGCCCCUGGUGUUCGACAUCAUCCGCCGAGACAUCGGGUCAGAGAAGUUCACAGCCUGGAGGAUCGCCUUCUUCGUCCCCGGCGUGCUGCAAGUGAUGAUGGGAUUGCUGGUCUUGACCCUGGGCCAAGAUUUGCCCGACGGAAACUAUGCUGAGCUGAAGAGAGAGGGCGAGAAAGUGAACGACAGCUUCCAGAAGGUGUUUCUCUACGCAGUCACCAACUAUCGCACGUACAUUUUUGCUCUGACAUACGGCUAUUGCUUCGGAGUGGAGCUCACAGUCGACAACAUCAUCGCCGAGUACUUCUACGAUCGCUUCGACCUGAACCUGCAGACUGCUGGAAUCAUCGCAUCCACAUUCGGGCUCAUGAACUUGUUCUCUCGCCCUCUGGGAGGAGUCCUGUCUGACGUUGUGGCGUCGAGGUGGGGAAUGAGAGGCCGGCUGUGGAACCUGUGGAUCAUCCAGACGGUGGGAGGAGUUCUGUGCAUCGUUCUGGGCCUGACAGGCCAGCUGGGACCUGCCAUCGCCGUCAUGCUCAUCUUCUCGUUCUUCGUCCAGGCAGCUUGCGGUGCCACUUUCGGUGUCAUUCCAUUCAUCUCCAGAAGAUCACUCGGAAUCAUCUCUGGCGCCACUGGAGCAGGUGGAAACAUUGGAGCUGUGACGACUCAGGGAAUCUUCUUCAUGAGCUCCAAGUACACAACGGAGGACGGGAUCAUGCUGAUGGGCAUCAUGAUCGUGGCCUGCACUCUGCCUGUUAUCUUCGUCCACUUCCCGCAGUGGGGAAGCAUGUUCUGCCCUCCGUCCAAGGCCACGGAGGAAGAUUAUUACAUCUCCGAGUGGAGCAAGGAAGAGCAAUCCAACGGUCUCCACCAUGCUAGCAUGAAAUUCGCCGAAAACUCCAAGUCCGAACGAGGUCGUCAGUCGCCCCCAAGAUCCAAAGAAGAAACCGUUGGAGUGGAUAGACUCUGACAGUUGUGGACAGGCAUUACCAAUGUAAUAAUUCUCAAAUCACCCUGCAUCUGUGCUAACGAGCUUUUCUCAGUUCCCAAUCAGCUCUCCUAUGAGAAAUCGAAUGUAUUCUUCACCCUUAGAGGAAUUUGCGUUCUGUCUCAGGUACAAAUAAUAGAUUUAGUUUAUACCCCAGAGAUGUAGCAUGAUCGAUAUAUUUCUAAUCGGUAAUAUAUUUCAACGUAGUUUGAGUUACGUACAGAUGUGUUAUCACUUAACUUUUUUGUAGGGGUUGCACCAGAUGGUGAAAUGCAGCGACUGAAGUAGUAAGAGUUACGAGAAGGAGGAUGUAGAUUAUGUUGGUCAUAGGAGGCAGAUGAAAUUAAACAUGUGUUAACACCAUAGCUUUUAAUUUUUUUGCAUAGAACGUACAUUAGCAGUGAUAUGCAUGUCGAGUAGAGGACAGUAAUCUGUUAGCCUAAGAAGGUGAGCAAAUGCUUUUGCCAUGGCUGACAGGAAUUUAGAGCUGAAUGGAGCUGUGAUGAAAUAUAAGGCCGGAUGUGCUCAGUUAUAAAAAAGGUC